CACAGGUUCUCGCAAGCAGAUCCUCCGUCUAUUGGCAGUAUCCGUCUAUGGCUUUCGAUAUGAAACAUCUUUUUCUACUUUUUUCAAUUUAAAUAAUUUCUCGUCCUGAUUGAUCGACUUGUAUCACACAGUACUACGCGUUUUAGUACUCGCUUUCUGCAUCUUGCGUGAUACUUCUAGAAAUACCUUUACUCUCCAUUUAUCGAAAACUAAAAUCCCAAAGGGAAGUUUGAAAAUAAGCACUUCACGGCUAAACCAACUCGACAUUUCUACCGCGUGCUUGCAUUUCUACGAGAGACGCAUCUUCAAAAUGGUUCAUCAUCUCUUCGCUCUUUUCGGCGCCUCCUUGGGCCUCGGCUUCUGGAGCUGGUGCAGCCUGAUUUUGUUCUCAACCUUUCCCGUGCAUGCGGUCCAAUUAAAGAAAGCCACGAACGCCAGCGGCCCGGCGACGGCAGCCUCGGACAGUACUCAUCUCGAUUGCGAAGCUUUUUUUUCGAGUCCCGACGUCACGGAACGUUCAAAAUUGUUCUACCUACGCGACAAGGUAUUGGCGCACGAUGAUUUUGACCAGAUCCAGACGUGCCUCGAGCGCUACAAGGACGACGUCGACGGCGGCGAAUUUAAAGUCUGGUGGCCGGACUAUGUAUCCAGAAGAUCAUGAUAAACUGUGUAUAGUGUCAGUCUGGGAUGUUGCACAUGAAUAUCAGCCGACAAAAAUGCAUAGGCACGACACUUUUCAUGCCGGUGGAUAUGCUCUGUAGGAGCCUCUCUCUUCUUGCGCGUUUUCGUGGCGUACUUUGCAUGACAAGUUUUUUUGUAUCAUGCGAGGCAGACCAUAGUUUCUGACGUUGCUCAUCCAGCACAGAAGUUGCACUAACGCACAUUCUUUUAUUUUCGCGGAUAAAAGUUCGCCACCCUGGAUGAUCUUUACUAUCAGGCGACGGCGAUUGUGCAGGUCCUCGUAAAGCUGCACGCCGAGGAGCCUGGUUGCUGCAACAUGCCGCGAAGCGCAGGAACUGGAAGUAGCGGCGGCACAGGAGAAUUACAAACGGAGGUGAUGGGCCCUCUUCAACUACAACAAGCCCGGUCGGUACAAAAACAGCGGUGCGAACUGAAGGAGAGAAUUUUGGAACGGAUCCGCACGAUGGAGCGAGGUGGCAUAUGAUCCAGAAAAAAAACUGGGGUCUAGUCUAGGUUUAUGUAGUCAACAUCUUCCACAGCAGUUGCACUAGGAGGACUAUCACGUAUGGCUUGGCAUGCCAGACGACCUACCGCGAGAGCCUCUCUUCACACUUUAGCCUCCCUGCGAGUCGAGUUUUUUCUGUAAUACUAUGCGAGACAAACAACAAGGGAUCCAAAAAAGCAACACCAUAGCUAGUUUUUUUUUCUGGAUACGAUCUAAACAACGAUAAAUUUGUCGCGGUGGCGCGCAGGACCGCUCCUACAGAGAUAAACGUCAUUGUCUGGAAAGCGCUACGCAUUGCAAGAACAUCGCUCGAUUCGCUGGGUUUAGGCAACUACUAUUCAUUUUUGAAGCAAGAUUUGCAAUGCUUAAACGGUAGUAGCAUCAACGUCAUGUGCACCUUGCCGACGAUGGUGGUUCAUUUUUUGUGAUAGUGCUGCCGCGCAUGUUUGUCGUGGAAAAUAAAGACGAUUUUUGCUUUGCAUGCGCUCCAUUGCUUUUCAUGCGCACGAUAACGCAGAAUACAGGAGAGUUAUUGGUCAUUCUCAUACUUCGUUAUCGUUGGGAAUCACUGCAGAAUUGCAUUCACAUGAAGACACACAAGCGUUACAGCUGCAUUCCAGAUCCAGACAAAUCAUCGAUGUUUUUUGCACAAAACUUUGAUAAAUGCUGAGUGAUUUGCUGGCGAUGCCGGGAGGUUACAGCGUCGAUAUCGGCACUACCGCCACAAUUUUUUCCCGCGGCACCGAUUUUGAGCCGCAGAACUGUGUGUUUCGGAGUGCCACCGCCCGGCAUCCGCCGCUGUGGCUAGAAGUCUGCGUGGCUAGGUUUGUGGCUGCCCCAGUCGCGGCUAGGGCUUUCGCCCUGCACACCGCGCAGCAGGCCGCCGCGGUGGCGCUGCUAAAGAUGAUGGGAGAAAACCGUAACGGCCUGAGAUAUGAGCAACUCGAUGCGAUCUUCGGCAGUCGUAAUCACGAACUGGUGCUGUUCGCAUUGGAGCGUUGGUCGUUGACGAUUGAUCGCUACCAAGUGUCACGGAUUCUGUCCGAUACGGGACGAGGGCAGAAUUCCCAUGCGCUCGAAGCCGCCCUUUUCAGUCCGACCGGUGGCCACACUGUCGUGGAUACGACUCGGAUACCGAGGAACAGCAUAUUGCAGCGGAAUACCUGGGAAGGCCUCAUUCCUACUCCACCAGCUGCAACUUCUCUACUACCUCAUGGAAGCAGUUCCGACCGACCGCACCAAAUGCGGCUGUCCAGGGAGAAAGACCGCACGCUUCUUCUGCGCUACCUGACCAAGUUUAAUAACGCCGGACAUGAUGGGAACUCCAGCAUGCUCAGUUCGAUCAACCCGCUUUCCCCCGAAGAUUUUACGCUUUUGUUUUCUCCCGUUGUAAUGUUUGCGGCCGAAGGCAGCGAAACAACGACUGAGCAGCAGGAGAAUCUGGUCGAGAUUGUCGCGCCGUUCCUCCUGGAAUUUUUGGAGAACUGCCACCAGGCCCUGCCGCUUGAUUUUUCACGUAGCGUUUGGGAAACCGUACUUACGAGUGGAGACUACAGUCUCGACGGCCGCCCCCAGGGAAUGCUGGCUUCCGUUUGGAGUCAGGGGCUUUUCUCGAUGACGACGUCCACUGAUGAAGCAGCAACAGAGGCUGGACGAGCAGCAGGUCUUGAUAGUGCGACGAGCAGCACAAGAACCUCUCAAGCAGACAUGAUCACUGACAACACAGACGCAGCAGUUCUACCUCCACAGAAAGCGGCCGCGAAAGCAAAGGCCCGCGUGAUUGCGGCCCUCUUGAAGAAAAAGCGCGAGCAGCUGCAUAGCGAUACGGCGCGUUUUUUGCUGCCAAGAAUAUGUUUUGAGGAUGAUUAUGACCACGUGCUGCAGCAGAUACAGAGAACGUCGACCGAUGUGCCGAGAAUUCAAGAAGAAAAGUUUCUUCGGCGUGCCGUCCUACGCGGUCUGUUAAUGCAGCGGGGCCCCUGGUCGCUGAACACAGAAAUUUCCGAACAGAUUUGGGCCCUCGCGGGAAGAACGCCUGGAACGGUGCAGAGCGACCUGGCUUUGGCCUUGUUGCAGGUGUUUCGGCGAGACAACGUCGGCCUUAACUCGGAGCAGCUGGACAUGAUCUUUGGCAGCGAGAACGAGAGCCUGAUGCUCUACGCGCUGGAAAAUUGGCCCCUGAAAAUCAAGCGCUCCCGCUUGCUGCAGAUCUCGGACAUGCACAGUGACGCUCUCACCCACGCCUUGUUUGGUUCCGCCGGCGGGCGGUCUCGUCACAGUGUGGUGGAUGAAAAUUUCGAAACACUUGUGUGCUUCAAUAGCUGGGGAGAAAAUGACACGCGGAUAGGCCGUAGCAUUUCCUUUCGUGAGGGGGUUCAAGCACGGCACAGAAUUUGGCUUGGCAGCGAGAGAGACCGCAGCCGCCUGCUCCGGUACCUGAGGAAAUUUGCCGGGCGAGAUGCGACGUCGAAGCUCCGAUUUAAUCCGCUGUCCCAUGGCGAUUUGGAACAGAUAUUUUCCGCCGAUUUUUUGUUUCCCCCGGAUGCUGUUGAAACAGCUGCGGAGCAGCAGGAACAAACGUUGCGCAGCGAGCGUCUGGUGGACAUCGGUAUCGCAGCGCCGUUUCUAGUUCAAGUGCUGGACGCCUACGAGGGAGAGUUUCCACUGCCUCUGUUGAUCAGCAUUUGGGAGAAAGCAUUCGGGACGACGAGAAACGGCGAUCAUUACACACUUGAUGGCCGCCCGCAGAGUUUCUUGGCUUCAUCGUCAUCAAAUUGGCUGAGCCAGAGACUAGGAGAAGAGGAGCGUGGCCGCGCUGCCCAGGAGACGGGCGAAGAUCCGGCGACCGUCGACCUUCUCCCAGGUGGUCGGGACAGUGCUAGCCAUAGCCGGGAAGUACAACUGGAGCAAGGAGCACUUGCAAAAGCCCAGGCGCGUAUCCUAGCAGCGCUCGCGCGCAAGAGGCGGGAGAACCUCGACAGCGCGACCGCAGCGCGCUUCUUGGAAGAUGCGGAGCUCGAUUUUGCCCCAUUGCAGCAAUGGAACGGAGGGGAAGCAGGCGCGACUGCGACACCGACAACUCUUGCGACUCCGACAAGUGACAGCCAAGGAAGUGCUGCGACCAUCUCCGCACUCGGCCAUUCUUUCGUUCCGAAAGCCACUCACCCGGAAAAAAUCGCCGUGCUGCGCAGUUUGUGCACGCACCAGGGCGGCUGGUUGUUCACGGACGUGGUUACAAAGACCAUCUACACGCACGCGGGAGUGACCCUCGGUACGGUGUUCAGCGACUUGGCGGUCGCGCGGCUGCGGAUGCAGGUCGAUCAGAGCAUCAGUUAUGAGCACAUUGACGCAAUCCUGCGAACGAAGAACACGGACUUGAUCUAUCUUUUGCUAGACAAAUGGCCGGUGCGACUGUCCAAGGAAGCCAUUGACGGAAUUCUGAAAUUCGACUGGACAUUUUCGGGUUUCAGGUUUCUUUUGCAAGAAAAGCCGAGUAGCAGCACUCCAGCAGGAGGUGAUGUCUCCGAAGUCACCAACGACAUGUCGCCGCAAGUGGAACAGCAGCUACAGCUCCGUCCGAACCGCGCGGGGGCGGUCCGGGUGAUUGCGAAGCUGCUUGACGGGUGGAAACCCAGACUGGGAAUUUCAGAAAUCGGUUUUCUUUUGAAGAAGUACCCUGAGUCUGCCGUGUCACAGAAUCUAAUCGCACGAUAUCCCGAACACGUCCGAACCCGGGCUCUGGCGGCGGAUCCGACGGUAAGUUGGGGUAGUAGCGAAUAUUGAGCACGCCGGAAAGGAUUUGGACAGGGGUGGCAAUGUCAGGGUAGGAAGAAGCUACAGAGCUAUCAGUCCUUCUCCUGCGUCAUCCUUUGAUACUCGGAGUCGAAACCAGAAAAAUUUUUGGCCUUUUGCAAGCGACAAGCACUGGAAAACGGAUGCUUGCAGACCGCCGUCGCGUAGUAAUCGGGUACUGGUCCAUGUACAGACUCGCCUUUGCAACUACUUCUGCAUAUCACAAUACUAUGAAGGUAUACUAAAUCAGUUUUGAAAAGAAUUGAGCGCAAAGAAGACGGCGCUGCCUGAAAGAUUGGUUUUGAGGACAAGCACUGACUACGCUUGAGGCACAUAAUCAGACGAUGCCUAGAUGAUUUUAUUCGCAGUUUUGUCGCUCCGAUUUACUCAUGCGCUAUUGUACCGGGGAUGUCCUCCUGUCUACUAG